AUGACCCUGGGCCAGGAAGCAGAUCUAUUUAGCCUUGAUGUUUGUGGGGUCUUCCUUCAAGGGUCCUUUGUGGACCACAGUAUCCUGCUUCAUAAGGAUGUGAUAAAUAGGAUAUGGCCAGUCCCUCUGGAGGAGGAAGGCUUUGUGCUGAAAAGGGAUAAAGAAGAAUCCCUCUUUCAGGGUGAGCAAGGACAUCUGGGAGAAACAGGUUACACAGGAGAAACUGGUCUUCCAGGCCCACAGGGCCCAAGGGGACAACAAGGGAUGAGAGGACCUCCAGGACCACAAGGCAUGCCAGGACCUCUGGGUAGUCUGGGGACACCUGGUUCACCUGGCUCUGUUGGAAAGUUAGGUGCAAGAGGAGCAAAGGGUGAACCUGGUGACCCUGGAGAGAAGGGCUUAGCUGGACCACCUGGACAGAGAGGCAUUCCUGGCAUGGAUGGCAGAGAUGCCUAUGGUCCUGAAGGAAGCAAAGGAGCAAAGGGAGAAUCUGGAUUCAUAGGAUAUCCUGGUCCAGAGGGUAAUUCUGGAACACCAGGUUCCCUGGGAGAUCCAGGUGACCAAGGACCAUCAGGACCUAUGGGUGCCAAGGGACCAGUGGGCAGCAUUUUAAUGGAACCUUGUGAGCUUGUGAAUUUCACCCGAAAAAACUGCCACAUAUGCCCAGCUUAUCCAACUGAAGUGGUUUUUGCCUUGGAUAUGUCUGAUGAUGUUACACCAGCUGCAUUUGAAAGAAUGAGGAGCAUUAUUAUGUUAUUGCUGAAGACCAUUAAGAUCAGUGAAAGCAAUUGCCCAACAGGAGCUCGUGUCUCUGUUAUUUCUUUCAAUACCAACAUGCACUACCUCAUUCGGUUCUCUGAAUUUCAAAAAAACAACUUGCUGCUACAAGCAGUCCAGAGAAUCCCGCUAGAGAGAUCCAGUGGAAAACGAAAUAUUGGGGCAGCCAUGAGAUUUGUUGCAAGAAAUGUCUUCAAACGUGUUCGUCAGGGCAUCCUCACAAGAAAAGUUGCCCUAUUUUUUGCCAAUGGUCCGUCACAGGAUGAUGUUGCCAUCAGUACUGCUGUGCUUGAGUUGAGUGCCUUGGAUAUCACUCCAGUGGUUAUUGCCUUCAGUGAAGUGCCAAAUGUCAGACGUGCCUUCUCUAUUGAUGACACAAGAAGAUUUCAAUUAUUUGUCUGGGAAAGUCAACAGGAUGAAAAUUUGGAGGGCAUCACAUAUUGUACACUUUGCUUUGAUAAAUGCAACCCAAGAACCAACUGUGAAGUGCCUUUUUCUCCCCUGGUUCAGAUGGAUAUGGAUAUAACAUACAUCAUGGAUAGCUCUCGCAGCAUUAGCAGUGAAGAAUUUCAGAGAGCCAAAGACUUUGUGAGCAACAUGUUGGAUCAAUUUGUCAUUUCCUCACAGCCAAAUGAGUCAUAUGGAGGCAUCAGAGUGGCACUGGUGCAGCAGGCUCCCAGGGGCUUCCUGCCUGACAGAAACCAGACACCUGUGGCCUUGGAGUUUGACCUAGUCACAUACAGCAGCAAAGAUUUGAUGAAGAAACACAUCCAAGAGUCUGUUCACCAGCUGGAAGGGCCAUCAGCCAUUGCUUCUGCUCUGCAGUGGACAGUUGAAAACGUAUUCUUUAAAGCCCCCAGGCAAAGAAAACACAGGGUGAUAUUUACAAUAGUUGGAAGCAAAACAAGCACAUGGGACAGAGAAAGGCUGAGAGAGAUUUCACUAGGAGCCAAGUGCCAAGGAUUCACCUUGUUUGCUCUUGCACUUGGCAGCGGUGUGAGUGACAGUCAGUUGAUGGAGCUGUCAAGCUCCCCCACAGACCAGCACUCACUGACACUGGGCAGGGUUUCCACACCAGAGAUGGUGUAUGCUCAGAGGUUUAGCCGGGCAUUCUUAAAUCUUCUACAACAAGAAAUUAACAGUUAUCCUUCAUCUGAGCUACAAGAAGAGUGUGAAAACUUGGAUCGGGGAGACAUACAUCAGGAAGCAUCCAUGAAUGAAAGGAUACCUUUUCCUGGAAUGUCUGAAAGUGGUUCCAAUCAAGUUUUAGAAGACAUGGGAAAAAAUGAAAGUAGAAUCAAGAAGAGUAUGAAAGAGAACACCAAAGAACCUGUAUCUACAAUGCCAGAAAUGAGAGAUGAUUAUGAGGAGGAUGAGUAUUUCACAGAGGAAAAUGCUAAAAGGGAAAAGCCUCAAGAGUGUGAAAAAGCUCAGGAGAAGAACAAGAAAAACUUAGAGACAACAGUAGAAACUAGUGGCGCCUGUAAUGAUUAUGAUGCAUGUGACCUUGUUCAAGAUAGUGGAGAAUGUCAGAAUUACAUUUUGAAGUGGUACUACGACAAAGAGCAGAAAAUGUGUGGUCAGUUCUGGUAUGGGGGCUGUGGAGGCAAUAAAAAUAGAUUUGAAACACAAGAAGAAUGUGGAUUCUUGUGUAUAGAGUCCUCCUAA